AAUAGUCAAGGAUGAAUUGGAGGGUAUUGAUAAACGGCCUAUGGGAAACAGCAAAGGAUAUCUUUUGUCAGAAGAUUCUAGCGAGCCAUUUGCCUUCAACUAUUCCUCUUCCUGAUCUCACUGGUUUGUCCUGCAUAGUCACAGGGGCUACCAGUGGAAUUGGACUCUAUACAGCAAGAGAGCUUGCAAAAGCGGGUGCCCAUGUUUGUAUGGCAUGCCGUAAUACAAAAAUUGCUCUGCAGCUUGUCCAAGAAUGGCAGAAACAGACUAGUGGGAAGCCCAUGUCUAUAAAAAUUAUGGAGUUGGAUCUUCUGUCCUUCGCUUCAGUAAGAGCUUUUGCUGCCAGUUGGGAAUCUACCGGAUGCCCAAUUCAUAUUCUUAUCAACAAUGCGGGAAUCCUUCAAUUGGGAGAACCAGAAAAGAUGUCCAAGGAUGGAUUUGAGCAGCACAUACAAGUAAAUCAUCUUGCACCAGCACUCCUUACGCUUCUCCUUCUUCCCUCGCUACUGAAAGGAGCUCCUUCAAGGAUAAUAAAUGUCAACACUGUGGCUCACCAUAACGCUGUGGUGGAUUCUGAAUAUCUGAAUGCGGAUUUUAGAGUGAAAAGCUAUAGCAGCUUAAUGGCUUAUGCUUCAAGCAAACUUUCGCAGUUGAUGUUCUUAAACGUUUUGUCAAGAAAGCUUCCAGCAAAUGCGCAGCUAGGAGUAAUCGCUGUUCAUCCAGGAAUAGUCAGCACAAACAUUACGAGGGGAUUUGAUCCCCGUUUCAGUAACAAAUCAUUUUGGAGGUUUGAUGCAGAACAAGGUGCAAGAAGUGUUCUGUUUUGUGCAACAGAAGGAGAGGUUGAACAACUUCUCCACAAACGUAAAAAUCAACAGGAAAGUGGAUUUCUUUAUUACAGUUACAAUUGCAAACCAGCAAAAGUAUCUGCUCAAGUUGCAGAUCUCAAUAACUCAUUCCGAGUUUGGACUAAAACACUUCAACUCUUGGGCCUUUCAAAUGAAUGUAUUCAGAGAAGUAUAGAUCAAAUUAUCCCUCCAGCAUAUUGAUCCCCAAAAAAUGGGUGGUGAAAAAUGUUAUGUUGCCUGUAAUAGAUGUUAUUUAUUAUUGUUUUUUUUUU